UAUUAUUUUUUUCCUUCCUGUAUGUGGGAAGUUGGGCUCCAACCAUAUCCUAUCUUCGAUCUCUCACAUACUCCCCUUUUCAAGUCCCAAAACCAAACAACAAAUCACCAUAAACAACCACAAUGCAUCCUCCAUCAUCUUCAUCUUCAUCUUCAAACGAUUCAUCUGAUCACAAUAAUAAGAUCGCCAUAAUAGGUCUACCACUUUCCACUCUCCACACCUCCUCUCUCUCCUUCUUCAAACCCACCAAUCAUUUCCAAAAACUCGUCACUGAAUCUUCCACCACUUUGAUUUGCAACAUUCAAAACUCCAUUGACAAAUGCUUCACUUCUCUCCAUCUUUUUGCUUCCCAAAACCCCCUUUUCACCAAGUUGCAGUCACUUUGCAACGAAUACCACAACUUCUGUCAGAUUAACUACAGAAAUCUGAGGAAUCAAAGAUCUAUAUCGAAUCAUGAUUUUGCUGCCAUUAUUCCAGGAGAUUCAGUAGCAGGGCUUGUGGUAUCUAAUGGUGUUCUCAAUUUCUUAAACAUUUACAACACAUUGUUGGUUGUGAGGCUGGUUCUCACCUGGUUUCCCAACUCACCUCCAGCCAUCGUUAAUCCCCUCAGCACUUUAUGUGACCCGUAUUUGAACAUCUUUCGUGGGGUCAUCCCGCCGCUUGGAGGGACAUUAGAUCUUUCUCCAAUCCUUGCAUUCCUUGUGCUGAACGCGUUAACUAGCACUGCUUCUGCACUUCCUGCUGAGCUUCCAUCAACAGAAUCAUCUCAAAAGGGCCCGUCGUCUCAAACGAGCUCGUUGUUUCAUACUUCAAUAUCGCAUCUUACCUCGUCCCAAAAGAAAUGGAUGAAAAGAUUGAAUACAAAAAGGUCAAACGACUCGGGCAUUGAUGAGUAAAGCAUGGAUGGAUAAAGUGUUCAGCAACUAUAUGAACUGUUGAGUUGAUUAUUUCUAUUAUAGUCUUUUUGGUGUAUGAUAUUUUUUUAAUUUGUAUUUUCUGAAGUUGAAGUCACCUUUCACACCAUUUAUUUUGAACAAAGUCAUAAUUCAAUAGAUGUGGCAAUGGGUCAAAACAGACUACUAUUGUAAAAGUUGACUUAAAACGGUCUAGAUGGGUUAGCACCAUCCGUGACCAUUGUUUGUUUC